AACAAUAAUCAUCAUGUGUUGCAUCCCGGCAUUUGGUUCAACGAAAUUUCCUAUUGAAGGAACGUAUCCAUUUCUUACUGAAUCGCCGUUUGUAAUAUUUAUUAUUUAUAUCACGCAAAUCUACUUUAUAGUGCAAUGUGGAUUUUGUAUUGGUGUAGAUUUGCUAUUUGCAAUAUUCUUCUUGUAUUCAGCUGCCAAAUUAGAGAUGUUAUGUUUAGAAAUACAAACUGUAAGGAAUGAAGGACACAUAAACUCGUGUAUCAAGAAACAUCAGGAAAUAAUCAAAUUUGUUGAUGAUACCAGGGAUGUUGUACAAUUUAUUCUUUUUAAAACAAAUAUUACGAUGGCAAUAUGUAGUAUUUGCAGUAUUUUUCCAAUUAUUCAUGAAUCAUUGGAAAGAUCGUUUCAAUUUAUUUUUAUAGUGAUAGCUGGAUGUCAAAGAUUAUACAUUACUGCUUGCCCAGCUGACGAUUUAAUGGAAAAUAGUGAACGGGUUGCAACGGAGGCGUACAAUAUAUUGUGGAGUAGAAAAUCGCGAUGUAUUAUUAUUAAAAAUAUAUGUUUCAUAAUACAAAGAAGUCAAAAACCGCUCGUAAUCAGCAUGGGAAGCUUAUUACCAACUUUAUCUCUUAAAUAUUAUGCUAAGUAUCUAAUGAAACUUUUAUCUUAUUUCAUGACAAUAAGAGCAAUAAUAUAUAAUUUAAAUCAUUAAAAUCAGGAAUUAUGGGAUAAUCCUGCGCACUUAUUCAAUUAUUUUGGACACAAUAUGAAUUAAUAACUUAAAUAUUAAUUAAUAAUUAAUAAUAAUUGAUGUGUAAUUAGUUUCAAUUGUGAUAUUGAAAAUAUAUAUAAAGAAAUUGUUAAUAUUCA